GUAAAAAGGCUUGAUUAAAUCAACUCGAUUUAAAUCCUAAUUUUAAAGAGCAGCUUCAUCUCUGUCCCACAGCAGCUUCUCCUCUGACCUGGUGUUGACUCACUGACAGUUCCAAUAUUGUAGAAUGUGCAGCCUCAUGCUACAUAACUAAGCUCCAUUUCGUGCUGAAUAAACUAAAUUAUUAAUGCAACUUCAAUGGAAAAUUAUCUUUUAGAUAGAUUUUUAUUCCGAAAGCAUUUUAUUAAAAUAAAUGAAUAAAAAAGCUGAUUUAAAUGAAAAAAGAUUUAAAUUUAAAUUAAGAAUAUCUCAUCUCUUUUAUUUUUUUAAAUUGUUUUAUAUCCACAUUGAUAUGCACCCAUAGUUUCUUUUCUGGCCUUUGGGUGCUUUGAAAAAUUGUUUCCCCCCUCCCCUUGUUUGUGACAGCCUCUCAUGUAUUGUGACCAAUAAGGGUUUCUUUAAAUUUUCUAGCUUGAAUAAUAUAUUGUCUUGUUCUUUCCUUGGGAGAGCACCAAAAGCGUUAAUGAGGCUAGCUUCUGUGCUGUUAAGUAUCUCUUCUCUGUGCAAGAUUGGUUGACUCCCACUAUCAGUCUCUUUCUUUUCCAAGGUUGAAAAUGAGGUGGUGUCAUUCGCCUUGGAGGCUCGCAUGUUAGUUAUUAACGGGAUAACCCUUUCCUCACCAAAGACUCUGAUGGGAAAGAUUUGGAAGGAGGCUAAAAAUGCCUUCAUCUUGAAUAACAUCUGAGGUAUGGUGGGCUGUUUGAAAGACAAAAGGACCCGCUUCCAAUUUGGGGCCUCAGAGAGAGAGGAUGCCAAGAAGAGCACUCUAGACAACAGAGAAUGAGAAACAGUAUUAAAGAGCAAAAGAAACCAUCAUUCAAAGUAUUUUCUAAUUCCUCUUGAAAGUUUAAAAACUCUUCUUCCUCAGCAGAAGAGAGACGAGGGAAAGAAUAACAAGAACAAAGUUUUAAGCUGGAGAAAUAAGAGAAAUCAAGGAGGAUAAUAAUUAAAUAAAGAAGAAGGUUCCAUGUGUAGCGAAAACUGACAGGCAUUAAUGAAAGCCUUUGAAGGAGGAAAGAAUAGUUGAACAAAAAAAUACACCAGGCAAGAGGUCAGAAAUAUUUUUCGCCGUCUCAAGAAUCCAAGCAUAUCAGUGUUAGAAAAAUCCCACAGAUUGCCUAAUGUGGGAAGAACAAAGAUUGCAGAUCACGACUGAUUCUGCUCAACAGGAUCCAUCCAGUGAAAAGCCAUACAAAGGUUUGGAGUGUGGCAAAAGCUUUUCUCGAAAAAGCUUCCUCAUGAUUCAUGGAAGAACCCAUGCUGGAGAGAAGCUCUACCAGUGCUCCCAAUGUGGCAAAAGGUUUAGCUUUCAUUCCAAUCUGGUAAAACACAAGAGAAAUCACACAGGAGAAAAACCGUACAAGUGCUUGGAUUGUGGGAAAAGUUUCCGUUGGAAUUCCAAUCUGGUGGACCAUUAUAGGACUCAUACAGGAGAGAAACCGUAUAAAUGUAGUGAUUGUGGAAAAGGUUUCAAGCAGAGUUCUCAGCUUGUGACACACCAGAGAACUCACACAGGAGUAAAACCAUUUCAAUGUCUGGAUUGUGGGAAAAGUUUCAGUCAGAAUUCCAACCUAAUGAUACACCAAAGAACUCACACUGGAAAAAAGACAUAUCAGUGUCUGGAUUGUGGGAAAAGUUUCCAGCACAAUUAUAAGUUUGUGAUUCACCAGAGGACUCACACGGGAGAGAAGCCAUAUGAGUGUCUGGAUUGUGGAAAAAGUUUCCAGCAGAAUUCUAAGCUUGUGAUGCACCAGAGGACUCACACAGGAGAGAAACCAUAUGAGUGUCUGGAUUGUGGGAAAAGUUUCCAGCAGAAUUCUAAAUUUGUGAUACACAAGAGGACACACACAGGAGAGAAACCAUAUGAGUGCCCGGAUUGUGGGACAAGGUUCAGUCAUAAUUCAAACCUGCUGAUACACCUGAGGACUCACACUGGAGAAAAACCAUAUGAGUGCCCAGAUUGUGGGAAAAGGUUCAGUCUUAAUUCAAACCUGGUGAUACACUAUAGAACUCACACUGGAGAAAAACCAUAUGAGUGCUCGGAUUGUGGGAAAAGUUUCAAGCAGAAUUCUAAGCUUGUAAUACACCAGAGGACUCACACAGGAGAGAAACCAUGUAAGUGUCCAGACUGUGGGAAAGGUUUCAAUUGGAAUUCCGAGUUGGAAGUACACCAGAGGACUCACACAGGAGAAAAACCAUAUGAGUGUUCAGAAUGUGGGAAAGGCUUCAGUUGUAAGUUUGAACUGGUGAAGCACCAGAAGACUCACUCUGGAAAGAAACCAUAUGAGUGUCUUGAAUGUGGGAAAAGUUUCAGUCAGAAUUCCAAUUUGGUGAUACACCAGAGAACACACACAGGAGAAAAACCGUAUCAGUGUCUUGAUUGUGGGAAAGGUUUCAGUCAGAAUUCCCACCUGGUCAUACAUCCAUCCAGUGAAAAGCCAUACAAAUGUUUGGAGUGCGGCAAAAGCUUUUCUCGGAAAAGCUUCCUCAUGAUUCAUGAAAGAACCCAUACUGGAGAGAAGCUCUAUCAGUGCUCCCAAUGUAGCAAAAGAUUUAGCAUUCAUUCCAAUCUGGUGAGACACAAGAGGAUUCACACAGGAGAAAAACCAUAUGACUGCUUGGAUUGUGGGAAAAGUUUCCGUUGGAAUUCCAACCUGGUGGCCCACCAAAGGACACACACAGGAGUGAAACCAUAUAAAUGUCCUGUUUGUGGGAAAUGUUUCAUUCGGAAUUCCCACCUGGUGAUACACCAGAGAAUUCAUACAGGAGAAAAACCAUUUCAGUGCCCGGAUUGUGGGAAACGUUUCCGUGAAAAUUUUCACCUGGUGAAACACCAGAGAAUUCACACAGGAGAAAAACCAUUUCAGUGUCUGGAUUGUGGGAAAAGUUUCCGUGAAAAUUGCCACCUGGUGGAACACCAGACAACACACACAGGAGAGAAACCAUAUAAAUGUCCUGUUUGUGGGAAAAGUUUCAUUCGGAAUUCCCACUUGGUGAUACACCAGAGAAUUCACACAGGAGAAAAACCAUAUGAGUGCCUGGAUUGUGGGAAAUGUUUCAGUCAGAGUUCCUACCUAGUGAACCACAAGAGGACUCACACUGGAGAGAAACUCUUUGAAUGUCCUAUUUGUGGGAAGAGUUUCAGUCAAAAUUCCCACCUGGUGGAACACCAGACGACACAUACAGGAGAAAAACCAUAUGAGUGCCUGGAUUGUGGAAAACGUUUCAUUCAGAGUUCCUACCUAGUCAAACACCAGAGGAUUCACACAGGAGAAAAACCGUAUGAAUGCCUAGAUUGUGGGGAAAGUUUCCGUUGGAAUUCCCAGCUGGUGGAACAUCAGACGACACACACAGGGGAGAAACCAUAUCAAUGUCCUGUUUGUGGGAAAAGUUUCAUUCGGAAUUCCCACCUGGUGAUACACCAGAGAAUUCACACUGGAGAAAAACCAUUUCAGUGUCCGGAUUGUGGGAAACGUUUCCAUGAAAAUUCUCAUCUGGUGGAACAUCAGACGACGCACACAGGAGAGAAACCAUAUAAAUGUCCUAUUUGUGAGAAAGGUUUCAUUCGGAAUUCCCACCUGGUGAUACACCAGAGAACCCACACAGGAGAAAAACCAUAUCAAUGUCCGGAUUGUGGGAAAAGUUUCCGUUGGAAUUCCAACCUGGUGGUACAUCACAGGACACACACAGGAGAGAAACCGUAUAAAUGUAGUGAUUGUGGAAAAGAUUUCAAUCAGAGUUCUAAGCUUGUGAGACACCAGAGAACACACACAGGAGUAAAACCAUUUCAAUGUCCGGAUUGUGGGAGAAGUUUCAGUCAGAAUUCCAACCUAAUGAUACACCAAAGAACUCACACUGGAAAAAAGAUGUAUCAGUGUCUGGAUUGUGGGAAAAGUUUCCAGCAGAAUUCUAAGUUUAUGAUGCACCAGAGGACUCACACGGGAGAGAAGCCAUAUGAGUGUCUAUAUUGUGGGAAAAGUUUCCAGCAGAAUUCUAAGCUUGUGAUGCACCAGAGGACUCACACGGGAGAGAAACCAUAUCAGUGUCUGGAUUGUGGGAAAUGUUUCAAUUGGAAUUCCGAGUUGGAAGUACACCGGAGGACUCACACAGGAGAAAAACCAUAUGAGUGUCCAGAUUGUGGGAAAGAUUUCAGUAUCAGGUCUAGCCUUAUAAAUCAUGUAAGGGUACACACAGGGGAGAAACCAUAUGAGUGUCCAGAUUGUGGGAAAGAUUUCAGUCAUAAUUCAAACCUAUUGAUACACCGGAGGACUCACACUGGAGAAAAACCAUAUGAGUGCCCGGAUUGUGGGAAAAGUUUCCAGCAGAAUUCUAAGCUUGUUAUACACCAGAGGAGUCACACCGGAGAGAAACCAUAUAAGUGUCGAGAUUGUGGGAAAGGUUUCAAUUGGAAUUCCCAGUUGGAAAUACACCAGAGGACACACACAAGGGAGAAACCGUUCAAGUGUCCCAAUUGUGGGAAAGAUUUCAGUAUUAGGUCUAGCCUUAUAAAUCAUGUAAGGUUACACACAGGGGAGAAACCAUUCGAGUGUCCAGAUUGUGGGAAGUGUUUCACACAAAAGUCCUCUCUUAUUGCACACAAGAAAUUCCAUAUGAAGCAAAAUUUGGUAUCUGUAGAGGAAUCUUGAAUUUCAUUUCUCUUCUCUCUUUGGAAGCCCAGUUGAGAAAUUAACCAUUUUAUUUCUUGCCUUAUUCUUUUUAGUCAAACAUGUCUUGGUAUCAAACAUGAGUGGGGAGAUCUUCUCUUCCUUUCUCUGGAGUUGUGUGGUUGUUCCUUUUCCCUGUGUCGAGGGAAAUUGCCAUGCUGCGCCAGAGAAAAAGCUCUUAGAUCUCUAUUAGGUAUAUUUGCCACCUUGAGGUAUUUCUACAUCUAAUUAAGGUGGGAUAUAAAUAUGUAUGUAUAUAUGCAUUUUUAUUAAGAAUUUGUGUAUUGCAGCCCAAUGCAAGUUGACACCACACGGAUUGCAGCAAUAAAAUACAGAAACCAA